AUGGAACUUGAACACCCGGAGUCACUCGGAGCAGGGCCGGAAGGAAGCGCCGAAGGUGGAGGCAAGCGGAGGCGACCCGAGAAGAGACGAGGAGGGACUGUAGAAGAGGAGGAUGAUGAUGAGAGUCCCUCUAAGCGCGGACAUGAUGAAUCGGGGAUAGUGACGUGUCGUGAUCUCCGUCUUAUGCUGGGACAGCACAUGCGUGAGAUGAAAGAGGCCUGGGGGACCUUUGGGCACAGGGUUGCGGGGGUCGAGAAGGUGACCAAGGGCCAUGAUAAGGAGCUCAAGGCCGUGCAUGUCCGACACAAGAGUCUUGAGACGAAGGUGCAGAACAUCCAGGCUAAAGGGGACGCUACCAGUCGGAAAACCGAAGAGCUCGAGGGGGACAUCCACAAACUCAAAACCAAAGUGGAAGAGUUGGCGGCGAGACCCUCUGGAAGUGGUGGGCCGAUGGAGGACAAUGACAUGAUGCUCGACCCUUGGGCGGACUACCUGAACAAGAAGAAGAGUGGGGAGGAGCACAACAGAGGCAAUGGCUCAGCCAAGGAGGAUGGGCGAGCACUCAGUGAGGAGGAUCAGAGAACGCUGAUUGUGGGAGGGUGGCUUCCCGACACUCGCCGGGCCAAGAUUGAGGAGGAGGCCAAGACCAUCCUCGAGCACGACACCAUCCAGCCCCUCAUUGACGCCGAAAAACUCGUAGUCUUCGGGCCCCGCCGCAGCUUUGGGAUGUUGCGAUUCCAACCUCGGGGAGAUGAGUCGCCGGUGGACCUCAAGAAGCGUAUGUGGGAGGUUGUGAGCAAGAUUCGUGGGGGCAAGUUUGCACUCCCAAGUACCCAGGGUGAACAUGGUCAUGGAGGGAAGACGGCCUGGGCCUCCUUCCUCAAAACACCCGAAGCCCGGCGCCGAUCAGCUUUGUGUUCCCUAAUCAGGAGGGUGACGAUGCAGCUGGCGGGCAUUGGGGGUGACUUCAAGAACGACUCAGCUAUGUCGCCCGAGAGCUACGGCGUUGAUUGGGGGACAGGGACCAUCUGGAAUGGCGAGCUUAAAUUGGGAAGUGCCACCCAUCGCAAGGACAACAACCGUGGGGAUGACUUCUUCCAGCUUCCGCAAGGACCCCUCGAAGAGGAAAGGUCCUCGAUGCAAGUAGCUACGUGGAACCUUGGGGGACAAACUGUGGAUAAAGUUGCUGCGGUGGAUCCCUGCACAGAUGUCUUUUUGGUACAGAAGGUUGCCAGGGGGGACAGUGGAUGGAAAGAAACUGAAACUGACUCGCACUUUUGGCUGACCCAUCGUCGACCGGAUCAGUGGAGAGGGACAGGGAUCGGUAUAUCCAAUGAGGUGUUCGACUCCGUCAUCUCUCGCAAACAAGCCUCGAGGGGGAUGGUGGCACUUAUCAAGCUUCGUGGACGAGGUAAACUUAUACUCGGUUCACUCCAUGCCCACACCGGGACGACCAACCGAAUUUACCAGCAAGCGGCUGCAGAAUUCAUGCACGAAUUCUCGGGCAAGUGGAGAAAACAUCCCUGCAUCCUGAGCAUUGACGUCAAUGAAGCAAUUCUGUGGGAUUGCGAAGGUGCUUCUCACAGAACUGACAUCGCAUCGGGGUCGACCAACCUUAACUACUUGUGCAAUCAAGCAACAGCAGCUGGCUGCCGCCCCGUCGCUCCUCUCCUUGCGCAGCGGGGACUACCCACACAUUAUUUAUCCUCGAGGCACUGA